AUGUCUUAUAACCGUGACAACGACGAGUCUAGCUACGACAACAGCUCUGGCGGCUUUGGCUCCUCCGGACGCGAUUCGGAUACGUACGGCUCCUCCGGACGCACCGGCGGCUCUGACAGCUACGGUUCCUCCGGCCGCUCUGGCGAUGAUGACAAUUCUCUCGACUCCUCUGACCGCAAGGGUAGCUCUGGCGGCUACGGUUCCUCCGGUCGCUCCGGCGGCGACAACUCGUACGGUUCCUCCGGUGGCGACAACUCUUACGGCUCCUCCGGCCGCUCUGGCGGCAAUGACUCUUACGACUCCUCUGACCGCAAGGGUAGCUCUGGCGGCUACGGUUCCUCCGGCCGCUCUGGCGGCAACGACUCGUACGACUCUUCUGACCGCAAGGGUAGCUCUGGCGGCUACGGUUCCUCCGGCCGCUCUGGCGGCAACGACUCUUACGACUCCUCUGACCGCAAGGGUAGCUCUGGUGGCUACGGUUCCUCCGGUCGCUCCGGCGGCGACAACUCGUACGGUUCCUCCGGCGGCGACAACUCGUACGGUUCCUCCGGCGGCGACAACUCAUACGGUUCCUCCGGCGGCGACAACUCGUACGGUUCCUCCGGCCGCUCUGGCGGCAAUGACUCGUACGACUCUUCAGACCGCAAGGGUAGCUCUGGCGGCUACGGCUCUUCUGGCCGGACCGGUGGCUCUGGCGCUUUCGGUUCCUCCGGCCGCUCUGGUGAUGACGACAACAGCUACUCCUCCGGCCGAACCGGCGGCUCUGGCGGCUAUGGCGGCUCUGGCGGUGACUCGUACGGCUCUAACACGCGGGAGCGUGACGAUGAACUUUAA